AUGAGUCAUGAGAACAAGUUGAGAUCUGAUAACAAGAAGCAGGGAACAGAGGGCAAUAGAGGUCGAUCUCAGUCACCAUCGGUGUUUUUCAAAAACACUUCUUCUUCAAAUCUUUUGAAGUUCAACAGAUCCCAAAGUUUGGCCCAUGAUUCAAAACAUCGGUCAUCUUCCAGGAAUGACCUCGACACCAAAGUGUGCACUGAAAAAGCAGAUGGAAAGUCGAAACCAAUUGGAACCAGCGGAGACCCGAGUGCUUCUUCCCAUGAGAGCAACGUGAUGGUGGACGUCUUACCCUCUUUUGAGCUCUACAACGCUUUGCAUCGACACAUUCCGCAAGGGAACGUCGAUCCUGAUCAAGUUGACUUCCCACCAACCUACCAAGAGGUUCAGACUGAAGCACCGUCACUGGAUAGUCUCGGUGGUGGCCUGCAGUACAGCGAUCCCUCAGAGACUUCGGUAGAGCCUCUCAAUGCGGGGGAAACUAACUUUACAGCUGCCCGCACUGUGGGAGACCAGAUGUACAAUUUAGAGGCCCUGGGAACUACUCAUGGGCCUAUAGAACCAAUUCAAGAUGACCUAGACGAAGCGGACAACAUUAACAUCGAUAAAAUCUAUUCUUUGCCAAAAAUGAGUACGCCGAUCGAGGUAAACAUACAUGUCACGAAAGAGCCUGCAGGGGUUGACAGAAAAGUGGAAGACGAAUCGAUAUUGCGAGAAUACACAUCGGGGGAUAUUAUACACGGAUACGUGACAAUUGAAAACACCUCACCUCAGCCACUCAAAUUUGAAAUGUUUUACGUCACCUUAGAAGGUCAUUCGACCGUUAUCGAUCGAUUGGGCGGAAAGCGAACUGUCAAACGAUUUCUUAGGAUGGUCGACCUGAGUGCAAGCUGGUCGUAUUCUAAUAUCGACGUCUCGAAUGGUCUGAACUAUAUCGCUGGUGGAAAAGACUUUGAAAAUUGCAUUAUGGGGCUUAACAACAGCAGGCUUCUGACUCCAAACACGAAGUAUAAGAAGUAUUUCAUGUUCAAGCUACCCACACAACUGUUAGAUGUAUCCUGUAAGCAUCAGCAAUUCUCUCACUGCCUCGUACCGCCAACAAUGGGUAUUGACUCUUUGAGAGGCGGUGGGAUGUAUGGCGGUAUCAAAAUCAAUAACAUGCUUGGUUACGGUCAUUUGGGAACCAAGGGCUCCCCCAUAUUAACGGAUGACCUCUCGCCUGACGAGACAUCAAUUGGAUAUGUCAUUGACACCAAAGUCGUUGGAAAGGAUUCUAAAACAAAGAAGUUAAACAUAUUGAAGGAGCGCGAGUACAAUCUUAGAUUUGUACCAUUUGGGUUUUGUCGGCCUUUCACGGGUGAGCGAUCUCCUCUAAAACAACUACAGGACAUCACCCGACUAAUUCAGGAAAGGAUUGACGCUUUGAAAAAAGUAAUGAAGCGGUUGGAAACUGGGGAGCAGAUAACAAAUGAAGAUUUACACGAUACAGAUAUCAGUGGUUCUGCGGUAGAUCCCACGGAAAUCGAUUCUGAAGAAAUCUUGAGACGGAAACUCGAUCAGCUUUAUACUAACAACCGUAUCGAUCCGGUUUGUUCCUCAUUUCCAUUGAGCACAUCAAAGACCUCCAAAUCUAACCGUGCUAGAACUGUCGAAACUGAAUUCAGGUACAGAAUCAAAACCAAAAGCAAAUCUUCGACUAAGCUCAAAAAAACUUUCCUUGCAGGUUUGGGGGGGCCUUCAAAUUCUAGUUCAAGCUCAGCAACUUUAAACGCCGAUAAAUCUGGAAUGAUAGUGAUUUCGAGCGAAAUCCCUAAAGCUGGACUACCAUAUACAGAACCAUCCCUUUUGAGAAAAACUAAUAGCUUGGAAAACAAAGGUGCUCAAAACAGAGAGAACUGGAACAAUCUGGUGUCUUCUUUACCAGAUAAGGAUAGGGACGUUCUGGAUAAGUUGGUAAUAAAUAUGAAGUGCAUCCAAGCUAACAAUUCUGAGUCCCACCUCCCCCCGGAUAUUCAUUCAGUGACUACAGAGCUUGUCUGCAUGACAUCAAGAUCUACAAAUUCGAUUCCUGUAAAAAUGAAUGCAGAUUUAAUUCUGAAGCAAGAAAGGCUCGAACAGGUUCAAGGUGCAUUCCAGCAAUUCAAGCAGGAAGCUGAAGAGCUUCAUCGCAAGUUUGAGGAUAAUCAUGAAGAGCUUAAAAGACUCUUUAAGCCAACAGGAAGAUCAGGUGUCCACGAAGAAUUGAGGUUUUCAGAUUUCCUCUCAGAGCAAAUGCUUAAUGAUGUACGGAGUAUCGCUACUCUGCGUAGCGAAAUUCAGGUCUUACCUCAGAUUUUCAAGAAGCAAUCGCACACUCUGAGAGAUGAUGACGACCUUGGAGGACUGGUACCGAUCAAAAGUCCCAGUAGCUCUAGUCUUCUCAGUGCUACAUUUAGCGGCUCUUCUGCUGGCAGUUUUCACACCUCGACCGCUGAAAGGUUGAAAAGACAGCUUUUCAACGAAUGGGUUCAAAGCAGUCACCAGGAAUACGACAGGGCCGUAACCGUCAAUGUGAAGCUGUCUGAUGACAUUCGGGAAACGCUUGUUCCAACCUUCGAGAGUUGUCUAAUUUCAAGGCUAUACUGUAUUCGUGUCAACAUAAAGUUUGAGGGUCAAUCGGGAGUAGCAACGCUCGAUGUUCCUGCUCAAAUAAGAAGGCUAGAGUCAUAA